AUGGUGGUGGUCCUGCUGCACGCGGCAAGCCGAGCUGCUGGAGCGGGCGGCGGCGGCGACGGUAGCUGCGAGCGUAGCUGCGGGAGCAUGAAACUCCCCUACCCGUUCGGCUUCUCCAGCGGCUGCACGAUACGUCUGGGCUGCGACGACGGUGUCCCGUGGCUCGGUGACACGCGCAAGCUGGGACUGGUCGUGCGUAAUGUCACGGCUCGGGGGAUCAUCCUCGACCUGAUCCCCGACUGCUCCCGCGCGUUCAACGCCUCCAUCACGGCGCUCUUCUCGAACAACUACGCGCCCGACGAUGGGAACACCCUCGUCUGCCGCUGUUCUCCCAGCGCCAACUGCACUCACUUCGUCGCGCCUACCACGGGGAAGGAGGUGUUCCGGUGCGAAUGCAUGGACGGGUUUGACGGCGAUGGUUUCAUCGACGGUAACGGUUGCCACCGACCAGGUCAGUACUCAUUACUCACCAGUACAAACGGCCGUAAGAUACAAGUACUGACUGGACUGGCUGCCAGCUGCGGAACGUUCCUGCUUUUUGUUAGCAUCUGGGUUUGGUUCUCCGUCCACCGGCGGGGGAGGCGCAGCGCGAAGACAGGCAAAAAGCCACCGGAAGAUGCAAGACUCUUCCACGGUGAACUCGUGAACAAUGAGCUCGAGCAAGGGGCUUCCGGACAACAGCGAUUUUCCUACGCCGAACUCGCUGAGGCGACCAACAACUUCUCGGACGACAGGGCGCUCGGCAGAGGUGGCUUUGGAUCGGUGUACCAAGGAUUCCUGAGCGACAUGAACCGAGAAGUGGCCGUCAAGAGGGUGUCCGAGACCUCUCGACAGGGAUGGAAGGAGUUCGUCGCCGAGGUGAGCAUCAUUAGCCGGCUCAGGCACCGGAACCUCGUGCGGCUCAUCGGCUGGUACAACGGCGGUGAUGAGCUGCUCCUCGUCUAUGAUCUGAUGCACAAUGGCAGCCUUGACACUCAUCUGUACAGACCAGACAGCGUGCUGGCAUGGCCGGUUAGGUAUGAGAUAGUGCUCGGGGUAGGCUCAGCCCUUCUGUACCUGCACCAAGACACGGAGCAACGGGUGGUGCACAGGGACAUCAAGCCGAGCAACAUCAUGCUAGACGCCACCUUCACCGCCAAGCUUGGUGACUUCGGGCUCGCCAGGCUCGUCAACGAUGGCAGAGGAUCGCACACGACCGGCAUGGCUGGCACAUUGGGGUACAUCGACCCGGAGAGUGUGCUCGCAGGCAAGGCGAGCGUAGAGUCAGACGUCUACAGCUUCGGGGUCGUCCUCCUCGAGAUUGCCUGCGCUAAACGGCCGGCUGUGGUCCAGGAAAAUGGUGAUGUCGUCCACCUGGUUCAAUGGGUGUGGGACUUGUACGGUGAUGGAGGGAUCCUUGGUGCCGCCGACGAGCGGCUUAGGGGUGGGAUCGAUGAUCAAGAGAUGGAGUAUGUCCUGGUCGUCGGACUCUGGUGCGCGCACCCCGAUCGCGGCAUGAGGCCAUCCAUCAGGCAAGCUGUGAACGUUUUGCGAUUCGAAGCGCCAUUGCCGAGCCUGCCGGCCAGGAUGCCUGUGGCAACCUAUGGUCCGCCGGCAAAUCCUUUGAGUUUUGGAACACUGGUCUUAAGCAGUGCCAACGGCCGAUGACGAUGAUCUCAUUAGAACACACGGACCACUUUUGUAACCAUUGUACACACCCUAUUAUAUAGCUCAAUGCCGGUGCGUUGCAGCUAAAUAGGAGUAUGAGAUAUUUAGACGCACUACUGAAAUGGUUGCUGUGAUUUUU